UCAAUGUGUAUGGGUAACAGCGACUCUUUCACUUUCUGUUCCGAUGGUCAGAAGGUACAUUAAGCUAGCUAUGAUACUGAUAGAGAUAAGCAUGAGCUGGCCAAUUUUCUAGAUUUGGAGGCAAAAGACUCGAAAUGAGGUGUCGGCGUUAUGGGAGUAUUCGUUUCUUUGGAGGCUACUCGAAAGUUUCGGUAGCGCAGAGAUUUUAGAGUUUCAGAUAUGACAAAGCUCGUUUUCAUAAAUAACACUCGAAAUGAUGAUAGAUAUACUUUCUGUACGUUUAAUGAUGAGGGAGAUAUGGGCUAUUUUGAGCAUGUAAGUUAUACGUUGAAAUUUGAAGUUUGACGUCGGCGAAGCGCAUUUAUUCAAAGCUAUUAUUUUACAACAAAACCUUGUUUAUUUUACAUCGUGGUGACGAUGAGUUUUCCGACUAGAUAAACGACGAAAAAGCGAUUAAAAAUACCAAAUGGGUAUAAUUUAAAGAAUUUAAAAGGGUGUGGACAUUACGUUGAAAAAACUGAGGAAGAGGAAACGAACAUCCAGAUUUGUUUUUGAGUAGGCUAUUAAACGUUUGACAAAGAUAAAUUAUGAUAACAAGGUCUCACAGAUAAUAUACAUUUAUAAAUGAUUCUACUUCAAUUUGGAUCUCAUUCUUGGUGGCUCUGAGCUAUUCACUUUCAGUAUGAGCUCCCAACAACUGGUCCUAAAGCAGAGAGCGCUGCUUCUGGAUGCCUUGUGUGGUGGAGGCAGUGCUGAACCUCUGGACUGUGUUCUGGACCUGCUCCUGGCCUGGGAGGUACUUAUCUGGGAGGAUUACCUUAUCAUACGAGUCACUGAGAAACCUGUGAGUUCAAAUGCCAGACGCCUUCUAGAUGUUGUCUAUGAAAAAGGAGAAGAUGCCUCUGGCCUUCUGUUGGCUGCGUUUAAGCAGGUCUUACCUGAGGAGCAGAAGUCUGAGCUGUGUUUUGGGAAAGAAUCUGCUGUAUUGGAAAAGAACAGACCCGCCACUGCAACUUCAGCAUUAUUGACUGACAGACCUGUGUUAGUUAAAAAGCUCAGAGAUAAUAUUGAUGAGGCUUUGGAUGUUUUAAUGACAACAGGGUGCUUCACCAUCAAAGACUGUGAUGGGGUGCAGUUACCUGUGUACACACCCUCUCAACAGGUUCGGAGACUCUUGGACCAAGUGAGGUUUAAAGGGGAAACUGCUGCAAGAACAUUACUAAAGUAUCUGGAUCAAACCGAGCCUAAAAAUAAAGAAAAUCAAAUUCUUGAAGAAACAAUACGUUUCACAGCUUCUCCAGACACCCUGCUCUAUCAGAAAAAGUUACGGAGUUCUGUUGCUGCCCAGUCCCACUUUCUAAGCACCUAUGGUGGGACGGGACGUUUCUCCCUGGAUGACAUUUACACAGACGGACUUCUUGAAGUGAUGAACGGAUGUGGAGAAACUACAACAUUAGAGCUGGAGGAUGUGGUGGGUCCUGUGGGAAUUCUUAAUAAAGAUGCUGACACUGUGCUUGUUUCUGGGGAGGCAGGUAACGGCAAAAGCACUCUGCUUCAGCGACUCCACUUGCUUUGGGCGAGAGAAUCCUUGCUCACAGACAUUUACCUGCUUUUUCCCUUCAGCUGUCGCAAGCUAAAUACAGAGCACCGAGCGCUGUCUCUAAAAGAGCUCCUCUUUCUGCAUUGCUGCUGGCCUGAUCGAAAUCAGGAUGAAGUUUUUCAGUUUAUCCUAGACCAUCCUCACCUGGUCCUGUUUACCUUCGAUGGGCUUGAUGAGUUUAAACAGGGUUUCACAGAUGAAGAGCGUCACUGCUGCCCCACGCAGCCAGUGCCCAUACCUACACUGCUUUUUAACCUACUGCAGGGUACUCUAAUGAAAGGAGUCAUGAAGGUGGUCGCCAGCAGGCCACAGGCUGUGGGCCCGUCCCUGAAACGUUACCUUCGCAAAGAGGUCCACCUUAAGGGUUUUUCUCCCGGGGGUAUUGACUGCUUUGUUAAGAAACAGUACAGCGAUCCCGGUAUGGCUGGACGUGUCAUUGAGUCUCUCCAGGGUAACUCGGCAUUGCUAAGCCUUUGUCACAUCCCGGUUUUCUGCUGGAUUGUGACCAAGUGCCACCAGGAGCUUCUGGGUGGUGAUGAUUGUAUUCCCCAGACCAUUACAGAUGUGUACCUCCUGGUUUUGCAGCAUUUUUUUCAACGGAAGUCAUCUCAGCCCCAAGGAGCUUUGAGAAAGGGCUGGUUGGAGCAACACUUGGACACAGUGUUAAAACUUGGACAGCUGGCUAUGGAAGGCCUAGAAGCUUCCAGUUACGUGUUCUCAGGACACGAACUGCAAAGACACGGUCUCACAGAACACGAUAUUUGCAUGGGUUUUCUCAUUUACAGCUAUGACAUGUCUGUGACAGACUCUAAACGCUAUGAAUUUUUGCACAUUACAUUACAGUGUUUUUUUGCUGCUCUAUUUGUCAUACUGAAUCGUAGCAAUAAUCGCACCGACAUCCCCAAACUCUUUCUUUGUCACAGGCAGCCAUCAGGCUUGUCUCCGAAGUUUCUGGGACACUGUGUUGACUGUUCAGUAGAGAAGGACGAGUCAAAAAUGCUAGAGAAACCAGACCUCCAAAUAACAGCUCAGUUUGCGUCCGGACUUUUGUCCCUGCACCAUCGUAAUCUCCUGUUAGACUGCUGUCCUGCAGCUCUGCGUGAACGUAAGGUCAAGCAGGUUGUGAAGUCAUUAUCUAAGGCAAUGCAGAGACAUUUCAAAUCUAUUCCGGGUCCUGUAGAGGGUGAAAAGAAGAGCAUGCAUGCUAUGCCAAGCUUUGUUUGGCUGAUCAAGUGUAUUUAUGAAAUGCAAGACAACAGCAUUGCUCAUGAUACAAUGGCUAAAUUGGACGUUGAACACCUCAAGCUCACCUACUGUAACAUUGGACCCGUGGAGUGUACGGCAUUGGCUUACGUGCUGAAGCAUCUAAGGAAUCCCAUCGGCCUACAAUUGGACAACAAUUGUGUGGGAGAUGUGGGCGUGGAGCAGCUUCUUCCAUGUCUACAUAAUUGUCACUCACUUUAUUUAAGGAACAAUAACAUAACGGAUGAAGGAAUCCGGAAACUUGUGGAAAAGGGAGUGCACUGCGAACACUUUCAAAAAUUAGCUCUUUUCAACAACAAGCUUACAGAUGCCUGCAUGCAGCACUUUGCUUUGCUGAUGAAAUCAAAGCAAAACUUCCUCUCAUUGAGGCUUGGAAAUAACAACAUCACAUCCCAAGGAGCAGAGCAGCUCGCAAAAGGGCUAAGCUGCAACCGGUCUAUGCAGUUCUUAGGGCUGUGGGGUAAUCACAUAGGGGACAGGGGGGCUGCAGCAUUGGCAAAUGCACUGAAAAAUAACACAGAGAUAAAAUGGUUCAGUCUGGUGGAUAAUGGAGUGGGCAGUGCAGGUGCAAGCGCUCUUGCUGAACUUGUCAGCCAGAGCAAAACCCUGGAGGAAUUGUGGCUAAAUAAAAACUUUAUCAGCAGGGAUGGGGUGGAAUGUCUGAUCAAGGCUCUGAAGAUGAACUCUAGAGUUAAGGAAGUCUGGCUUAAAGGAAACAAUCUGAGCCCAGAGGAAGAACAAGAGCUGAAAAAAGAAGAAAGCAGAUUGACCUUCUGAGCAUGCAAGAAGACUAAAAUUUGUACAUAAGACUGUCAUUGUUCACACAAACACGCACAUACGCAACGUGCCAUGGUUUAGGGGGUGGAAGUACUGUCUUGUAGACUGGUAAUCUGGAGGAGUAUGCCUAAAUAGGUAUCUUACUACCUCAAUAUCCAGGAUACCUGGCUAUUAUUCAAAGCACAGAGAACUAAAUGGCUAGAAUGACUUUUUCCAUUGUGCCUUGACACACACACAUCACCAUACUAUAGUUUAAUUCUGUAUUAUAUACGUUUAGUCUGUUCUACGGUCUGUUACUUGGAGUGCAGAAUUUACAGUUGUCAAAGUUAAGAUAUUCUCUAUGUGUUUUUCUUGAAUAACAGUGAUUACAAACAUACAUACAUAUUAAAAAAUGUUAUCAUUUUUGCAUCA